ACUCUCGUGAGCAGACCGAUUAAACGCCAAUGAAGGAAGACGCCUACAACAACUGAGUCCAACAACGCCCGCGCCGACAGUUUCGGCACCCCGUUGAUACGCCAAUAAAUCGACGGCCCUCCUGCUUCCGGAACUGGAUUUCCGGAGCCACGACGUCGCAACGCAACAGCACCUGCAGCAAACCCACGUGAUCAACAGGCUAAAUCAAUCAUGAUUCGGACGGGUAGCUCUUACCAUACGCGAGGUGGGGUGGUACUUCCGGUUGAGCGAUUCGUGCUGCAUCCCCACUUUGAGUACUACUACAGGGACUACGACUGCGCCCUGAUUCAGUUGAAGCAACCAUUCGAGGCAGCCAUUCCGGUUCCACUGAAGAGUGGUCGGAAGAGAUUUCGUGUCGGUGAAAGUUGCACCACCAUGGGCUGGGGAAGAACUGCAACCAGUAAAACAAGCCGCCAGAUGAUGACCGUUAAAGUCCCGGUUGUUACAAUAAAAACCUGUAGCAAAGUUCAUCUUAUCAUGCCGGUUACUAAACAGAUGAUGUGUGCUGGAUUUGCCGCAGGGGGGCCUGAUAUCUGUGAAGGAGACGGCGGAGGGCCAUUGAUGUGUCGUGGCGUUCAGGUCGGUAUCGCUUCGACGACAUCAGGGUGUGGUGAAGCAGAUAAAUAUGGCGUCUACACAGAUAUUACGCGUGUGAGAAUGUGGAUUUGGAACAUCACGAGGAUUUGAAUUUUAUC